AUGGCCAUUUCUUCAAACUCAUGCCUGGCCGUCUUCUGCUCGUUGUUGUGUUGUUGGAUGAGGACAGCAUCCUCUCUGAACCUGGAAGACCCCAAUGUGUGCAGCCACUGGGAAAGCUACUCGGUGACUGUGCAGGAGUCGUACCCGCACCCCUUUGAUCAGAUUUACUACACGAGCUGCACCGACAUCCUGAACUGGUUUAAGUGCACGCGGCACAGAAUCAGUUACCGGACGGCCUACCGCCAUGGGGAGAAAACUAUGUAUAGGCGGAAAUCGCAGUGCUGCCCUGGAUUUUAUGAGAGCCAGGACAUGUGUGUCCCUCACUGCGCUGAUAAAUGUGUCCACGGCCGCUGCAUUGCUCCAAACACCUGUCAGUGUGAGCCUGGCUGGGGUGGGACCAACUGCUCCAGUGCUUGCGAUGGUGAUCACUGGGGGCCUCACUGCAGUAGCCGGUGCCAGUGCAAAAACAGAGCUUUGUGCAACCCCAUCACCGGGGCUUGCCACUGCGCUGCAGGCUACCGGGGAUGGCGCUGCGAGGACCGGUGUGAACAGGGUACCUACGGGAAUGACUGUCACCAGAGAUGUCAGUGCCAGAACGGAGCGACCUGCGACCACAUCACCGGGGAAUGCCGUUGUUCACCGGGAUACACUGGGGCCUUUUGUGAAGAUCUUUGUCCCCCUGGCAAACAUGGGCUACAGUGUGAGCAGAGAUGUCCCUGCCAAAAUGGAGGUGUGUGCCAUCACGUAACUGGAGAGUGCUCUUGCCCUUCUGGCUGGAUGGGCACAGUGUGUGGUCAGCCCUGCCCUGAGGGUCGCUUUGGAAAGAAUUGUUCCCAAGAAUGCCAGUGCCACAACGGAGGAACGUGUGACGCCACCACAGGCCAAUGUCACUGCAGCCCAGGAUACACAGGGGAACGGUGUCAGGACGAAUGUCCUGUCGGGACCUAUGGAGCUGGCUGUGCGGAGCCCUGCAGGUGUGUUAACGGAGGGAAGUGCUACCACGUGAGUGGAGCAUGCCUGUGUGAAGCAGGCUUCGCAGGGGAACUCUGUGAGGCGCGCCUCUGUCCCGAAGGGAUGUAUGGCAUCAAAUGUGACAAGCGGUGCCCCUGCCACCUGGACAAUACUCACAGCUGUCAUCCCAUGUCUGGAGAGUGUGGCUGCAAGCCGGGCUGGUCUGGACUCUACUGUAAUGAGACAUGCUCUCCUGGAUUCUAUGGGGAAACUUGCCAACAGAUCUGCAGCUGCCAGAAUGGGGCUGACUGUGACAGUGUGACGGGAAGGUGCGCCUGCGCCCCUGGAUUCAAAGGAAUUAACUGCUCUACCCCAUGUCCUCUGGGAAGCUAUGGGAUAAACUGUUCCUCUCACUGUCGCUGUAAAAAUGAUGCUGUCUGUUCUCCUGUGGAUGGCUCUUGUAUCUGUAAGGCAGGCUGGCACGGGGUGGACUGUUCCAUCAGCUGCCCCAGUGGCACUUGGGGCUUUGGCUGUAACUUAACAUGUCAGUGCCUCAACGGGGGUGCCUGCAACACCUUGGAUGGGACCUGCACCUGUGCGCCUGGAUGGCGAGGGAAGAAAUGUGAACUUCCCUGCCAGGAUGGCACAUAUGGCCUAAACUGUGCAGAGCGCUGUGACUGCAGCCAUGCAGACGGCUGCCAUCCCACCACGGGCCACUGCCGCUGCCUCCCUGGAUGGUCAGGUGUGCACUGUGACAGUGUGUGCGCCGAGGGACGCUGGGGUCCUAACUGCUCGCUGCCCUGCUACUGUAAAAAUGGGGCUUCUUGUUCUCCUGACGAUGGCAUCUGUGAGUGCGCGCCCGGAUUCCGAGGCACCUCUUGUCAGAGAAUUUGCUCUCCGGGGUUUUACGGACAUCGCUGUAGCCAGACAUGCCCACAGUGUGUGCACAGCAGCGGGCCCUGCCACCACAUCACAGGCCUGUGUGACUGCUUGCCUGGCUUCACGGGAGCCCUGUGCAAUGAAGUGUGUCCCAGUGGCAGAUUUGGGAAAAACUGUGCGGGCGUUUGCACCUGCACCAACAAUGGCACCUGCAACCCCAUCGACAGGUCCUGUCAGUGCUACCCAGGCUGGAUCGGCAGUGACUGCUCUCAGCCCUGUCCGCCUGCCCACUGGGGUCCCAACUGCAUCCACACCUGCAACUGCCACAAUGGAGCCUUUUGCAGCGCCUAUGACGGGGAAUGCAAAUGCACUCCUGGAUGGACGGGGCUCUACUGCACUCAGAGAUGCCCUCUGGGGUUUUACGGCAAGGACUGUGCACUGAUUUGCCGGUGUCAGAACGGAGCGGACUGCGACCACAUCUCAGGGCAGUGUACCUGCCGCACAGGAUUCAUGGGACGGCACUGCGAGCAGAAAUGCCCGGCGGGGACAUACGGCUAUGGCUGUCGCCAGAUUUGUGACUGUCUGAACAACUCCACCUGUGACCACAUCACUGGCACCUGCUACUGUAGCCCAGGAUGGAAAGGAGCACGCUGUGACCAAGCUGGUGUCAUCAUCGUGGGCAACCUGAACAGCUUAAGCCGGACCAGCACCGCCCUUCCCGCUGAUUCCUAUCAGAUCGGCGCCAUCGCGGGCAUCAUCAUCCUGGUCCUUGUUGUGCUCUUCCUGCUGGCACUGUUUAUUAUCUACAGACACAAGCAGAAGAGGAAGGAGUCCAGCAUGCCGGCGGUGACCUACACCCCUGCCAUGAGGGUCAUCAAUGCAGAUUAUACCAUUGCGGAAACCCUGCCUCACAGCAACGGUGGAAAUGCCAACAGCCACUACUUCACCAACCCCAGCUACCACACACUCAGCCAGUGUGCCACAUCCCCUCAUGUCAAUAACAGGGACAGGAUGACCAUUGCCAAGUCGAAAAACAACCAGCUCUUUGUGAACCUUAAAAACGAGAAUCCGGGGAAGAGAGGUGCCUUGGUGGACUGCAGCGGAACGUUGCCAGCCGACUGGAAGCAAGGCGGCUACCUUAAUGAGCUUGGCACUUUCGGACUUGAGAGAAGUUACAUGGGGAAGUCCUUAAAAGAUCUGGGAAAGAACUCUGACUAUAAUUCCAGCAACUGCUCCCUAAGCAGCUCUGAAAACCCAUACGCCACAAUUAAAGACCCACCUGCACUCUUGCCUAAAAGCACCGAGUGUGGCUAUGUGGAAAUGAAGUCGCCCGCACGGAGAGACUCCCCAUAUGCGGAGAUCAAUAACUCAACUUCGGCCAACAGGAAUGUCUAUGAAGUUGAGCCUACAGUGAGCAUUGUUCAAGGAGUAUUCAGCAAUAGUGGUCAUCUCACCCAAGAUCCAUAUGACCUUCCAAAGAACAGUCACAUCCCUUGCCAUUAUGACCUGCUGCCAGUAAGGGACAGUUCAUCCUCCCCCAAGACAGAGGAUGGUGGUGGUGGUGGCGGUGGCAGCAGCAGCAAUAGCAGCAAUAGCAGCAGCAGCAGCAGCAGC